CUCGCCGCGAGCAAGCAGAGCAGCCAGGGAGCCCUCGACUAGAGGCGGAGAGCGCGGCGGGAUGGCGAGAGCGGGGACAGCGGUGUAGGAGCCGCCCGCCCGGCCGCGGGGAGGCGCAGGAGGGCGCGGGACCCUGCGGGGUGGCCGGAACCCAGCGACCCUCGGCGAGGCGGCGAGGCCAGCCGGGCCGGGAGCGGGGCGUCCCUGCCCCCCUGGGCUCGAGCCUCCGCCGGCGAGUCUGGGCUGCGGAGGCCGCAGGGCAGCGACGGCGACGCGGAUCGGCCCCGGCUCGGGCCGAGAGCAGGAAGGAGGCCGGAGGGCGGCGCGGCAGAACCGAGACCUGGACCGGGAUCGGCGCACGCGGCAUAGGCCCCGCGGUGCGCAGCGCCCCGGGCGGACCGAGCUCUUGUGUCUCCCGCUGCGCGCAACCACACUCACGCACGCACACGCGCGUACACACGCACACGUGUGCGCUCGCCUCGCCCCGGCGCACUCCUUUGCAAACACUCGAACCCCAGCCGGGCUAAGCCCGGUCGCGCCCCGCCCGCCCCAGCGGCGCCAGCCCCGCGCCUUUUCAUCUCCGCCGGCAGCGGAGCGGAGUUCAGAUCCGCGCUGAUCCAGGACGACCUGAGCUCGCCGCUCUGCCCAGAUCCACUCCUGCCGAGCAGUACUCGUCCGCCGGUUCCCCCAUCUCGUCGCUCCAAGAAAACUUUUUUUGCUCCCUAAAAUCAUCCCCCGCCCGUCGCAUAUUAAUAUUUCCACUUUGGAACGACCUGCAUUUUUUAACGGAAGUCAAGCGAGAUACUUUUUUCUACUGAGCAAGGACUUUCUAUUGCUUGACAAAGUUUCCUAUUUAAAAAAAAAAGCAAAAAACUAACAACUCUAACUGAUCUGUACUUCUGAGAAUUACUGGCUUCUGUUUUUAUUUUUCUCUUACUUUAAAAAAAAAAAAAACAACUUUAUUUUUCCACCUUUAAGAAAAAAAUGCACUCCCGCGUGCUGAGCGCGCUGCUGACCCUGCAUCUGGUGCCGGCGGCGCUCGCCCUGUCUACCUGCAGCUCGCUCGACAUGGACCAGUUCAUGCGAAAGAGGAUCGAGGCGAUCCGCGGUCAGAUCCUCAGCAAGCUGAAGCUCACCAGCCCCCCGGAGGACUUCCCCGAGCCCGAGGAGGUGCCCCCGGAGGUGAUCUCCAUCUACAACAGCACACGGGACCUGCUGCAGGAGAAGGCGAGCCGCCGGGCCGCCGCCUGCGAGCGCGAGCGCAGCGACGAGGAGUACUACGCCAAGGAGGUCUACAAGAUCGACAUGCCCUUCUUCUCCGAAAAUCUGGCACCGUGCGACUUCUGGCUCUUCCCCAAAGACAAGAUGACCGGUAAAGAUGCCAUCCCGCCCCCUUUCUACAGACCCUACUUCAGAAUCGUCCGGUUUGACGUGUCCACUAUGGAGAAGAACGCUUCCAAUUUGGUGAAAGCGGAGUUCAGAGUCUUCCGCCUGCAGAACCCCAAAGCCAGGGUGCCGGAGCAACGGAUCGAGCUGUACCAGAUCCUCAAAUCCAAAGAUUUGACGUCUCCAAACCAGCGCUACAUCGAUAGCAAAGUUGUGAAAACAAGAGCCGAAGGCGAAUGGCUGUCCUUCGAUGUGACGGAUGCUGUGCACGAGUGGCUACACCACAAAGACAGGAAUCUUGGAUUUAAAAUAAGUUUACACUGUCCCUGCUGCACCUUUGUGCCAUCUAAUAACUACAUUAUACCCAAUAAAAGUGAAGAGCUAGAAGCAAGGUUUGCAGGUAUUGAUGGCACCUCCACAUAUACCAGUGGUGAUCAGAAAACUAUAAAGUCCACUAGGAAAACAAACAGUGGGAAGACCCCACAUCUCCUGCUAAUGUUGUUGCCCUCCUACAGACUUGAGUCGCCACCGUCCAACCGGCGGAAGAAGCGCGCUUUGGACGCGGCCUAUUGCUUCAGAAAUGUGCAGGAUAAUUGCUGCCUGCGCCCGCUUUAUAUUGAUUUCAAGAGAGAUCUUGGGUGGAAAUGGAUUCACGAGCCUAAAGGGUACAAUGCCAACUUCUGUGCGGGGGCCUGCCCCUAUCUGUGGAGCUCGGACACCCAGCACAGCAGGGUCCUCAGCUUGUAUAACACGAUCAACCCGGAGGCCUCAGCAUCUCCGUGCUGUGUGUCCCAGGACCUGGAGCCGCUCACCAUCCUCUACUACAUCGGCAAAACCCCCAAGAUUGAGCAGCUCUCCAACAUGAUCGUCAAGUCGUGCAAGUGCAGCUAAGGCUCUUGGGGAAGCAACCGGUGAAAUCGCAAACACGACUCCGAUGAUGCGUAUAACAAGAAAACGCAGGAAAGCCUCCCUCGGCUCAUCCUGUUACCAUGGCUGAGAAAACGGUACUAGUUCAAAUGCUUGGGAAGUGUGUGUUCUGUUUGUUAAAACUGGCAUCUGAAACAACAACAACAACAACAACAUAAAGCAGAGGGCCUUAUUCUACAUUUCACCUCUUUGUAAGUGAGAGAGACGAGAAGCAAAAUCUUUUUUUUUAAAGGAAAAAAAUAAACACUGGAAGAAUUUGUUAGUAUUAAUUAUGUGAAAGAAAAUAAAAAGAAAACCAGGAGAAUCCUGUUCCUUGCCGCUUCCGCCGCUCCUGCCCGCUUGCUGUCCCUCUUGCUUUGCACUCGGCCCGCCCCUCCUAGGUUUAACAGCAAGUUAUUUAUUGUGUGUUACUAUAUAAUGAACGUUUCAUUGCCCUUGGAAAAUAAAACAGGUGUAUAAAGUGGAGACCAAGCCCUGUGCCAGGAACUCCAGAAUGGCUUAAGGAAACUUGAACUCAAACGAGCCAGAAAAAAAGAGGUCAUUACUGGGGGAAAAAAAAACCCCAAAACCAACCCUUGAGUUAGAUGACCGAGCCAGUCUGCCUUAAGAAAAGACCCGAAAGCAGGAGCACGCACCGAAUGCCUGCAGAACACGUGGAUGGGGCUCGAACACUAGAGGCCUAUUAAUGAAAGAAAUUGUCAGCCAGAAUAAGUCUGUAAGAAUUUUUUUCCUUUGAAUUGUAUGUGGUUCUUUGUCAGUUUAGUAAACUUGUGAAAUAUUGAAAUGUUUUGACAUAUAAUGGUCAGACUUCAGACCUUAAUGCGUUGCUGUAUACCUGAAGGGUUUCUCCUUUGUUUUGGUGUAUGUAACCCUACCUGUAUUAUUAAAAUAGAUGAGUGUAGAAGCCAGUGUAAUUGAAAUCACAUCUGUGGCUCUCUUUUGCAAAGUAUUAAGUCCAGACAUUAACAACUUCACGUGUAAUGUGUAAAUUCUUACCAUAUUUUCUAUAUUCCGUAAUAAUGUCAUGUGACUUAGAUUGGACUUAAAUUUGAACCUUUUUUAAUGAUAAUUCACAAUUAAUUGUGUUCCCUUUAGCUGGCCAGUAUUUUGAGUAAAGCCCCUAGACUUUGCCUUGUACUACAAAGAUUUUUCUUUUUAAUAAGAUUUGCUCUCUUGUGCUUUGUGUGUUAUCCAUUUCUGUGACAUAGGUUACCUGGGUUUCUUUGUCUUUUUUUUUUUUUCCUUACAAAAAGAAUUGAUUUGAAUUUAAUGAUCUUCCUUCAUCUUGUGAUCAUCACUACUAAUCAAAUCAGAUAUUAGAAAUCAAGUCAGAUACUAGGAAAAUGGGAAAUGUUAUGGAAACAUAA